CUAAAAGCCCAGUGUGAUCUUUGGACCCCAACCCCAACGGCCACACACUGGCCCAGAAGCUUCCGAAGAGGAGUCCUCAACCACACGCUUUAAAUUUUACCGAAAAUCCCCUCCAAAAUCGUCAUCUCAAUUCACAAUUUCACGGAAGUCUUUCACGGUGGCCACCAACCUGAGCUCAGCCAUACACCUUUGUCAAUGGCGGUGGUUCUUUCAGUUGGAAACUCCUUUUUGCAUCAUCGCAACCGUACCUUACAGUCGCCUAACUUCUGCUUCACUAAGCGUCCAAGCAGUAAUCUCAGUGUGGUUUGUGGUAGGAUGAUGUCGCAUGGAGGAAAACUCAGCCUUAACAAUGCGCGAAGUUCGUUCAACCGUUCGGGUUUUUGUAUUAGAAGCUUUCAGCGAGAGGAUGCGGAAUAUUCUGAUGCUGCAAGAUACAUAGAUAACUCUGAGAGACGAGAUGAAACCACUGAUGGCAUACUUGGGAGUCAAGAAAAUAAAACCACUGGUACAAGCAGUUCAUUGAUGGCACAACUAGCAAUACUACUGGGUAUAGCUGCGACUAUUACACUGUUGUCUAUAUGUCUCAAGCAGCCCAAUCAGGGAUCUUCUACUGGAAUUCAAAUACUGGCUGGGGGUGCAUCCUCUUCUACCUCUGCCGUACCCAACGUUGGUUUUUCUUUCAAUGCUUUUGGAUACAGAGUCAUACUUCCAGAAUACACUCCGGGAUGGAUCUACUUUUGGCUGCUGAUGGCUGCUGGAUGUGGACUUUUCAUAAGUGAAGAGGCUCUGAAUAUAUGGGUUGGCAUCUCCUUAUCACGGAUGUUGUCAUUGGAUGGGACGAGGCAGUCUUUCGUUGAAUCAUUAUCUAGAAAUGCUCCACACAUAUUAUCUACUGUUUUGUGGGUUUACUGGGGAGUUUGUAUUAGUGAUAUGGUACCAUUUUACCUCGGGAAGCUCUUUAAGAAAUCUGGCGCAUCUGAAGAUGUUUAUUCAAAGGUAGGUAUUAGCAAAGACAAAGCACUUGGUCUUACCCACAUAGUUCAAAGAUAUGGGAAUCUCAUUGGUUUUGUUGAACGAUUUUCUCUAGGAGUGAGAAAUCCAACAGCUUUCCUUGCCGGGGUACUGGAUAUAUCCCCCGAGUGUUUCUUUGCUGGUGUUUGUUGUGGUGGCUUGAUUACUCUUCCGAUUCAGCUCGGAAUUGGCUUCUUAUUGAGAGAACGGCCUGUAUUUGCCCUCGCAACUGUUGCUACAGUAGUGGGAAUGUGGACGAUGUUCCCAUAUGCUGUAGCUGCAUCAACAGCAUUAUUCUUUUACCUGCGACGUCGCUUCUCUAAUUAACCCUUCUAUUUCAGCUCAAUUCAUGAGGUAUCGAGGAUUAGAUAGAUAUUACACAAAUUAUUUAAAACAUAUAUUAUUUUCAGAGUGACAAAUAAUCAAUUAUUAGAAUUGGUUGGUUCAUCUCUGUUUGGCAAUGUAGUCUAGAUCGUAGAUAAGAAACCUAGAAAAAAUAGUAAAAAUUGCUGUAUAGCUAGAUAGCUCAUUUUGCAAAACUACAAGAGCUAUUUAUCCUUUGUAAUUCUAUAUUCAGUUUUAUCUUAUGUGAGUUAUAU